AUGGAAAGAACAAGAGAGCUCAAAUGGGUGUUAUUCAAUUCUUUCUAUUAUCUGGAAGCCCCUGUAAUCGAUAGCUUAAUUGCCCAGGGAGCUUCCGUAUACUCAAUUGGUCCCUGCAUUUUGUCUCAUCAUCUAAAUGACGGAGUCCAGGCAGGAAUCACGGUGAACUUAUGGGCAGAAGAAGUGGAAUGUUUGGAGUGGUUAGACAAGCAGUCUCCGAAGAGUGUGGUGUACGUGUCCUUCGGAAGCCUGGCAAUAAUGAAGCAGAGAGAGUUGGAAGAAAUUGCGCUGGGUUUUGAGGCGACCCAGAAACCAUUUUUGUGGGUUUUGCGCGGCGAUUUAAUGGACGGGUCAAGUGCUAAACUUCCUCCAGGAUUCAUGGAAGCCACCAAAGAUCGGGCAUAUUUUGUGCCAUGA